GUGGCGAUCGUGGUGACGGAUGGACGUCCCCAGGAUGGGGUGCAGGAUGUCUCAGCCAGGGCCAGAGCUGCUGGCAUCGAGAUCUUUGCCAUCGGCGUUGGCCGCGUGGACAUGCACACGCUGAGGCAAAUCGCCAGUGAACCUCUGGAUGAGCAUGUGGACUACGUGGAGAGCUACAGUGUGAUAGAGAAGCUGACACACAAGUUUCAAGAAGCUUUUUGUGUGGUGUCUGACCUGUGUGCCACUGGGGACCACGACUGUGAGCAGAUCUGUGUCAGCACCCCUGGAGCCUACAAGUGUGCCUGCAAGGAGGGUUUCACACUCAACACUGAUGGCAAGACCUGCAGUGCUUGCAGUGGUGGGUUGGGAUCUGCUCUGGAUCUUGUUUUCCUGAUCGAUGGCUCCAAGAGUGUUCGACCUGAGAAUUUUGAGCUGGUGAAGAAAUUCAUCAACCAAAUUGUGGACUCUCUGGAGGUGUCAGACAAACAGGCCCAGGUUGGCCUAGUUCAGUACUCCAGUUCUGUCAGACAGGAGUUUCCACUGGGGCAGUUCAAGAACAAGAAGGACAUCAAAGCAGCAGUAAAGAAGAUGUCCUACAUGGAGAAAGGCACCAUGACAGGCCAAGCUCUGAAGUACCUUGUUGACAGCUCCUUUGCCCUCAUCAAUGGAGCUAGGCCUGGGGUCCCCAAGGUGGGCAUAGUCUUCACUGAUGGACGGUCACAAGAUUAUAUCACAGAUGCUGCUAAGAAAGCCAAAGACUCAGGUUUUAGGAUGUUUGCUGUGGGAGUUGGCAAUGCAGUGGAGGAUGAGCUGAGGGAAAUUGCUUCAGAGCCAGUAGCUGAGCACUACUUCUACACAGCUGACUUCAGGACCAUCAGCAAGAUUGGGAAGAAGCUACAGAUGAAGAUCUGUGUUGAGGAAGAUCCAUGUGAAUGUAAAUCUAUUGUGAAGUUCCAGACCAAAGUAGAAGACCUCAUCAAUUCAUUGCAGCAAAAAUUGGAAGCUGUGGCCAAAAGGAUUGAAGCUCUGGAGAACAAGAUCAUCUAAGACCCCAACAUAGUAUUAUUUACAUCCUUCCAAAUGUAACAGACCUAGAAUUCCUUCACUUGGAGGCAGCUGAGGCACAGUGCUCUGGGCAGCUUGUAUUUGUUAAAGAGUCUAGUCACCUGCAUUUGUUUUAAGGGAAGAAAUAUAGCAGUAGAGCAGACAUUGUAUAACAGAGCACUGUGUGUGACCCAGAGCUAGGCCAUGCUAAUGUUUGUUGCAUCCUAUAGAGUGCCUAUA